AUGAUAACUGAUGGUAGCGUACCAGGAAAGACUGACUCUGUAAUGAUAACUGAUGGUAGCGUGCCAGGAAAGACUAACUCUGUAAUGAUAACUGAUGGUAGCGUGCCAGGAAAGACCGACUCUGUAAUGAUAACUGAUGGUAGCGUGCCAGGAAAUACUGACUCUGUAAGGAUAACUGAUGGUAGCGUGCCAGGAAAGACUGACUCUGUAAUGGUAACUGAUGGUAGCGUGCCAGGAAAGACCGACUCUGUAAUGAUAACUGAUGGUAGCGUGCCAGGAAAUACUGACUCUGUAAGGAUAACUGAUGGUAGCGUGUCAGGAAAGACUGACUCUGUAAGGAUAACUGAUGGUAGCGUGCCAGGAAAGACUGACUCUGUAAGGAUAACUGAUGGUAGCGUGCCAGGAAAGACCGACUCUGUAAGGAUAACUGAUGGUAGCGUACCAGGAAAGAUUAACUUUGUAAUGAUAACUGAUGGUAGCGUACCAGGAAGGUAG